CGUCAAAAAUUGCAGACCGGUUUAGGGGCCCCAUAACGUUGCCACUCUUUAUUAAUCUCUCUACUGUGCAAUAGUUCCCGGACCCGGGCGGGCCUACUCAUUAUUCACCGAAGGUUACCUUACUAGUAACAUCUUUAAUUAACCCGCAUGUCAUUUUCCGAUGCGCCUAUUUAACUCGUGAACGGUGUAAACAAAAUGGUUUAGUGCCCGAAGAACGUCGAGGUUUUUACUGUUUUAUGGGGCUCGCGAGCUCACAUUCACCGUCAUGUGGAAGUGCCAUAAAUGUGGUAAACCAGUCUACUUCGCUGAACGCAAACAAUCAUUGGGAUAUGAUUGGCAUCCGGAAUGUUUACGGUGCGAAGAAUGUGGGAAACGUUUAAAUCCAGGCCAACAUGCAGAGCACAAAGGAGUACCGUACUGUCAUGUACCAUGCUAUGGUGCCCUUUUUGGGCCACAGUUGUUCGGUCAUGGGACAAGAGUCGAAUCUCACACAAGCUUCGGGAAAAAAGAAGCUAGGCAAUCUCUACCUAGAUCUCACUUGGAAUCAAAAUUGAAGGUGUUCAACCAAUAUUAUGAGGGCAAAAGCGGUGGAAUAAGGAGUCGGGAGGUGAAUGGAAGAUUGAUAUUGGAAGGUGCGCUUCGAAUUUAUUGGGGUGUCAGGGGAGUGAUUCACUUGAAAGAAGACGAUGACCAGCGUACGGUAGUCACGGCUCGGAACAGAAAUUCCUGCCGACGUAGCGUUUCUGAUAGCAUAGAAGACGAUGAAAAAGAAGAAGACGUGGUGAAGGAAGUUGAACAAGAACAAGAUGUGGAAACCGAACCGAAAUCUGUUCCGACUUCACCCGAUCAUCUCAAGAGUCUCACUCUACCGAUGAAGCUGGAUGUGAAGAACAUGGAGUGGGACGAACUGGACGAGCUUCUUCAGGUGGAACGUAAAGUUGAAGAUGGGAACAAAUUGUAUCAAACAAUGCCUGAGAACCUGCCAUCCAUAAGCUCGCAGACUAGUUCAGACGCGCCACUGUCCUCCCAAUCCAGUCUUGACCGAUCAGAUUCCCGGGAGAAUUCAGAAACGGGAAGUCCUAAUCAUCAGUCAAAUCGGAACGAUAGCAGCUUAAAUAGUACUCCGACACAUAGUAUAGGCAGCUCGUCCAGUACUGAUACACCGGUUUAUCACGGGACUCCAAACCGUAACGGGACCCUCCGAAGGGUCGAAUACUUCGAUAGUCUAGAGAAGAAUAUGUCGAGUAGCAGAUCCAUUAGCACCGAUGACAGUUGGAUAGAGAAGGGUCUGAACCGAUCGAUGUCCGGGCCUGAUUGCCUUCAACGACAUCGAACCGACAGCGACACAGACUCGGUAAAUUCUCUGCAAUUCAGAGAGGACGAUAACAUGACCAUGUCCACUGAUAGUGGAUUAGAAUUGGACGGCGUUGUGUUACGUCGGAAGCAAGGAUCCACUGCGAUUAGACGUCGUCCCGGCGGUCGGCGACAGUCCCGCAGCCGGUUGCGGCGUCGUUGUUCGAUCAAUGGUCAUUUCUAUAACCGCGAGACCAGCUUCUUCACGCCUCCGCACGGAUCUCAGAUGUCCGUGUGGAUCACGAGCCUAGUAAAUACUCAGGAGGUCAUCAAUCUUAUGUUGGAUAAAUACAAAGUCGACGCCAAACCGGAUAACUUCGCGCUGUUCGUAGUGCGCGACAAUGGCGAACAGAGAAGAUUAAGAGAGGACGAAUAUCCGUUGGAGGUUCGCGUCGUGCUGGGUCCGCACGAGAAUGUCGCGCGACUUUUCUUGGUGGACAAAUUUUCCACGCCAGAGAUUAGUUCAGACGUUGCGCAAUUCCUUAAUCUGUCUCUGGCCGAGUGCCACGGGAUUUUGCAGCGUUAUCAUUACGAGGAAGAACGGCAGAUUCUUCUUUUGAAAGAAAAAUACAAGGAAAUGCGGCGAAGAAUACGACAGAGGAUGGAGGAGCUAAAGGUUCGGCUGUAGUUAGUACACGUUCGCAACGGCACUCGUAACAAGUACGUACAUUAUUAUUUUUUUAUUCAUUUGCACUCAAAGAUCUUUUCUUUUUAUAUAUGUAUAAAUUAUUAUUCAACGUUGAAUAUUCUAUAAUAAUCCUCUCCGAGGUAUCGUAAUAACACGUAAUCUUUAAUUUACACGUCAUUUUUUAAUCGUACGAGCCAUGACAAUUUUUUAAAUAAUCUCAAUACUAAAAUAUUAAUUUUGAAUCAAUUUUUAUUUCUCGCAUUUAAUGAGAAAGAAAGAACAAAUUAGUUUAUUGAAAUUGCUGAAGAGAUUCUAUUAAUUGCAGAAUGAAAAAGUAUAUUUACGUUCGGCCAUAUCAGGCGUUAAUGUGCUUUUAGUUUAAACAUUUUUUGUUAUUUUACACAUUUCUACUCAUUUAUAUCUGUAUCCUUGUUGCAUUUAGUUGUUUACGUGCAGCUAAUAUUGAAUCGUUCAGUGCAAUUUAUCUAAUUAGGAAAUCCGUGUAUCUAAUCGAUACACGUGUAUACAGAUAAGUGAAUAUCAAUCUUUAUUAUGGUCUCCUAAAUUGCUGUUCGCUGAUUGUUGCGUAGCGUACUAAUUUUUCUAAGCAGCACAUAUUUUCGUAGUUCUUAAGGACGAUCGUCUGUGUAGCUGCUACACUGUAGCACAUAGACGAGCAUUGAUAUUAAAGUCAAUUCUCGAUUACUUCUGAUCGAUAGAGAGAGGGAAAAUUUUUUUUAUAAAAGGGAAAAGUAGCUACUACUGUUCAUAGUUUAGAAAUUGUUAAAAUUUGCAUAGCUGUCCAACUUUUUCUUGAACAAUUUAGACGUCUCCUAAUCGCCAGUAGGUGCCAAAAAUAAAAAUAUCAUGUUCAUGUAUCGAGUGGAAAUAGGAUUUUAUCUAUGGAAUUGUUGUCACUUAAAAUGGAAAUAUUAGAGGAAGUGUUUAGAAAAAUAAAGAUAUAUGUAUGUAUAUAUUAUAUCGUCCAGAAGAAAAUAAUUAUCGUAUCCUAAUGCAGUUUAGUUGGACAGCUGCGAGAACCAUAGACGAGAUUGUUAUUAAGUGAUAGCAACUUCUGACAACGUGUCACUGCCGCAAUUCAGAGUUUUUAUCUAUAGAUGUGUUAUUACAGUGUAAUUAGCACAAUAUAUACAAAUACGGAUUA